AUGGAGGAGGAGGAGUUCUUGACCCUCAGACUCUCCAUAGCCCCGGCCCACGAUCACAACCGCGAGGGAAAGAGGAAAAGGAACAUAAUAGAAAUAUCAAACUACUCGAGCUGGAGUGAUGAAGAGGAGGGCAAGAUCUUGGGCCUCCUCCAAAUGAGAGAGAGAAUGCUAAAGGCGGAUCAUCACAACAAGAGACAAGAUACCGAUGCAAAAGGGCUGCACUUGAUCCACUCCCUCCUCAUCGCCGCCACCUCCGUCAACGAGAAAAACGCAACAUCCGGAGUCGAAAACCUCCGCCAACUCUACGAGCACGUCUCUUUGAGAGGCGACUCCGUUCAAAGAGUCGCUGCCUACUUCGCGGACGCCCUCCUCGCCCACCUCCUCACCCGAAAAUCCCCCUUCUACGACGCCAUAAUGAAGCCCCCCUCGCCCUCGGAGGCCUUCUCCGCCUUCACAUCUCUCUACAAAGCCUCACCAUUCUUCCAGUUUGCUCACUUCACAGCAAACCAAGCCAUUCUCGAAGCCUUCCAGAGAGAUGCAAGCAGUAGGGCUCUCCAUGUUGUCGAUUUCGACGUCUCCUACGGCUUCCAAUGGCCCUCCCUCAUGCAAUCCCUCUCAGAAAACGCCACCCCCACAAACAAGAUUUCCUUAAGGAUCACUGCCUUUGGCCCCCAUAUGGAGGAAAUUCAAGAAACUGAAUCAAGAUUGGUGAGCUUUGCUAAAGGCUUCUGCAAUCUCGUUUUCGAGUUCCAUGGCCUAGUUAGAGGAUCCAAGAAUGUGAAGGUGAAGAAGAGGAAGAAUGAGACGGUUGCUGUAAACUUAGUCUUCCAUCUCACCUCACUCAAAACUCUCUCCAAAAUCUCAGAAACUCUAAGCUAUGUCCACUCUCUCAAGCCAUCGGUUAUCGUUCUAGUCGAGCAAGAAGGAAAAUGUAGCAGCAACAAGUUUCUACCAAGAUUCAUGGAGUCACUGCACCAAUUUGCAGCCAUUUUUGACUCAUUGGAUGACUGCCUUCCAUUAGACAGCGCUGAGAGGCUGAGCAUUGAGAGGGAUCAUCUAGGGAGGGAGAUUAGGAGUGUGAUAAACUACGAUGGAGACGACGAAGAAUCUUGUCCAAGAUUUGAGAAGAUGGAGACAUGGAGUGGGAGGAUGGAGAGGAGGGGCUUUGUGGGUGUUGAGCAGAGCUGCAGGGCUGUGAUGCAGGCGAAGCUGCUGCUGAAAAUCAGAAGCCAUUGUUGCCCUAUCAAGUUUGAUGGAGAAAAUGGUGGUUUUAGAGUUUUUGAAAGAGAGAAUGGCAAAGCUAUCUCUCUAGGGUGGCAAGAUAGGAUUCUGAUCACAGCCUCUUCUUGGUGCUCUGCUGUAUCAUAA